AUGACAGCACGAUUUGGUAUGGUAGCUGUUGGAUUAGUUCUUGAACAUGUUAAGAAAUUAAAUGUAUUUAAAGAAAUAACUGAAAUUUAUAUACUUGUUCCAGCUUUAAUUGGUUUAAAACGAAAUUUAGAAAUGAUAUUAGCAUCACGUUUACCUACACAUAUAUGUGUAGGUGGUAAUUUAGUCGCUGUUCAAGCAAGUCGAUUAUCUACUAUACUUCAUCAACAAUGCAAACCAGGAGAAUUUCAAGGUAUUACACAAUAUUAG